AUGGAGGCUGACAGGUCUUCUAUUACUGCUUGCUUCUGGUUUGAAGGGCCUUUGAAUGGGUACCUAAUUGAAUUCCAGAACAAAUUAGUAACUUAUCUGAGAAUAUAUUUCCCCAUGACAACCCUUGCCCUCAUCAUCUCUGCUGACAGAAACUACCAGGAGCAGCUCUCCAUUUCAGACAUCACUACUGCUUGCUUUGAGUUCUCCAACCAGCUGGUUAAGUGUGAUCCUCAACUUGGGAAUUACAUGGCCUGCUACCUGCUCUACAAAGGGGAUGUUUUUCCCAAGGGUGUGAAUGCAACAGUUGCAGCCAUAAAGUCAAGGAACUCUGUUCAGUUUAUAGAUUGGCUUCCAAAUGGUUUCAAGGUGGCCAUCAACAAUCAGCUAUCCGUGGUGAUGCCAGGAGUUAACCUGGCUGAAGUCCAGAAGGCUAUCUGCAUGCUGAGCAACAGCACAGCAAUUGUGAAGGCCUUAACCCUACUAGACCACAGGUUUGACCCCAUGUAUGCCAAGAGGGCAUUUCUACAUUGGUAUAUAGAAGAAGUGUGGGAGUUCUCAGACACCAGGGAAGAUUUGGCAGCCUUAGAGAAGGAUUAUAAUCAGAUAAUGACAAAUGUUGGGGAGGAUGAGGAGAAAGUGGAACUGCUGGUAGAAGUGUAUAGAGGUUGGGAAGGGAUGUGGUUUGUUCUAACACGAUGA